AUAAAGUACAUAGCCCCACCCUCUCUGUCAGAUAUCGGAAAACAUGGCGACGGGGCUAUUGCGACGGCUUGCUGUCAAAAAUACUGGUAUAAUGAGUCGUAAUACCGGCUUUAAAACAUUCAAUAUAUCUAGAUCAACACCGAGUCGAACUGCAGUAUCAACACCAUCCGGAGCCAUUUUACCGAGACCAGAUAAAACCCCCUUUGGUCUAACACGAAUGGCCGUAGUCGUGGUGCCUUUCCUGUAUGUGGGGACUCUGAUCAGCAAGAAUUUUGCAGUGCUUUUGGAAGAGCAUGACAUCUUUGUCCCUGAAGAUGACGAUGAUGAUGACUGAGGGUGCUUCUCAGUGUUGCCUGAACGUCUAACAUCCAUUUGAAGGAAGAUGGGGAGAUGGCACACUUUGACUUCUAAAUCCAUCCCUCUACCUCCACCCAUCUCCUUCCUCCUUUGCUGUUUAUCUUUAUAUUUAGCAAAAAAAAAAGUUUUAAAACAAAUUUCACAUUGUUUUCACGGGAGGCUGUCAAAAUCUGAUAAGAUGCCUUCACUCUCAUUUGCAUGUUUUUGUCUCUUAACCCAAUAAAAUGAGUCAAUGCAGAUG